AGCAGUGUCGGCUCGAGCCGCCAUUUUCUUGCAUCCGGUUCAGGAAGGAGGCCCAUGCGGAGGCGAACGAGGGGAACGAACAGCGGACCAGUGGACUUCCGCAGCGUGGCACCCGUGCCGUCGAAGGCUGUGCCAUAUGGCUCCAGCCCUUUCAUAGCUUGCCAUUUCUGGAAGUGCACCGGCGAAGUGCCAAAUGGGCAGCACAUCUGAAGGCCUUCCUGCGCGGAUACGAGAAACCUUCGCUGGCCAGACAAGCAGCUAAAAAGAGCUGCCCCGGCGGUACUCAGACCCGAAGCGUGGCUUUUCAAUCCAAUGACGAGUUGGAGCAACUGCUGAAGGCUGAACAAGCUCGCCAGCAGCAACGAAGCUGGAUCCCAGAUCUACGGCGAGCUGCCACUAUCGAUGACCUGGCGGCCAAUGAGAUCAACCGAGAUCGCUGCGGGGAGGAGGCCAUCACCUUGACCAGCGAUCUGAACCCUUUGUUCGCUGACGCCUUGGUGCGCUUCGGCGCCCUCCGAAACGAGGUCAUGGACCGGGCCCAGGAUCGCCGAGAGAAAGCGGAUCGCCUUCUCUCGCACAUGACCAACCAGGUUCGGUACGGCAUCAAAAAGAAAUUAAGGUCUGCCACAACUCCGCAGACGCUUCCAGAAGUGGAGGAGUCCUCUGACUCCACCGACGUCGAAGAGCUUGAAACGCAGCACCGGGAGAAGCGACUUCAGCGGAGGCGCUUACGCAAGUCGGUGGCGAAGUUUGACAGGUGGAUGGCGGACUAUUUACACCGGGAGGGCCUGAAGCCGGCACCGGCACCGCCCUGGCACUCCCGCGCCUCCCGGCCCAGCACCGCGCCCGCGGUGCGGCCAUCGGAGGUGGCCCGAGGAGGGCCACGGAGAAAACAGGAUGUCUUGAACUGAGGGUGAGUCGAGAAC